GUUGAUUUCUCCGACCUCCGCCUCCCAAAGCGUAGAUUAGGAAGGGUUUGCGUUUCUCUGAUUGACUGUUCUUUUAAUGUCGCUGCGCAGUAAGCUGCUGACGCUGGUGCUGGUGCGGGACGUGACCCGUUCCCGCGUCCUGCUCGGCCUGAAGAAGCGUGGCUUUGGCGCCGGCAAGUGGAAUGGGUUCGGCGGCAAGGUGGAGCCAGGCGAGACAGUGGAGGAGGGCGCCAGACGGGAGCUGCUGGAGGAGAGCGGCCUGUGCGCUCAGGAGCUGCUGCCGGCCGGACGCAUCGAGUUCGAGUUCGAGGGCGACCCCUGCCUGCUGGAUGUCCACGUGUUCACCGUGGAGAAGUUCAGCGGCGAGCCACAGGAGACGGAAGAGAUGCGGCCGGCCUGGUACCAGGAAGCAGACAUUCCCUUCGACAAGAUGUGGGUUGACGACAUACACUGGUUUCCAUUCGUCUUCGAACGGAAGCUCUUCCGCGGGCGCUUCCUUUUUCAAGGACACGACACCAUUCUCAAACACUCCCUGCAGGCUGUGGACAGUUUAACGUGAUCGUUGAGUGCGUAGGAUGGUGACCCUCCAUGGGUUUACUCGGAUGAGCAGUCAUUCCGCCGCCUUUUUAUGUGGCUCUACCUUCCUUCUCGUGUACUUGUAACGUAUAUCUUUGUCGUAUGUUGUAGUUUCCAGUAUACUUGUUUCUAGAUCUGACGCAAAACAUUGUAUGCAAUGGCCACGUGCAGUCUUUCUCAUCAGCCGCCAUUGGUCUGUUCAGACCGGAUCGGCGUCGAUUCGUCGAGUUAUGAAGCGAAGAGCAGACCUGAUGGAAGGCCAUCAGCCGAUCAACAUGUUACAGUGCAAUUUUAUGAUCAUCCUGUUCAGCUAUGACAUACACAAGGUCACGUUCUGAGUUGGAUUAUAGACAAUUUUUGACGUU